UGGGUUCUAGAAUCAUUGCCUUGCCGUCAGAGUGAUACACAUAGAUCACGCCCCCCGAAUCUUAUCCCCGCGUGGCGUGAUAAGACUUGAUCGAAACUGAGUGGAAGGGAUUGUUGCCCAUGGCCCUGGGAUAGCGAUGUAAUGCUGACUACCGCAGAUGGUUGAUUGGAUUGGGAUGUCGGGGGGUCAUCCGGGGAGAAAAGUGAGGUCAUCAUUGAGUCGAUAUGAGGGAAGACUGAUUGUUCAGAAGAGACUAAGGAAUAUGAUUAGGACUAGGAUUAUGCUAGAUACAGAGUGGUUGAUAUGUCUGGUGUUUUGGUAUCACUGCACUGUACAUGGAGGGGGAAACAGAAAUAGAUCCGGACGGGACGGGGAGCUUCAAUUUUGGGAUGUCUAAGCAAGCAAGCAAGCAGCAACAGAAGGAACGUGAAAGACAGGAU